CUCGCCUCGCCUCGCCUCCCCUCAUGGUGCAGCUGCUGGGCCUGGUGUGGCGGAGGCUGCUGCGCAAGCGCUGGGUGCUGGGCGUCGUCUUCGGCCUCUCGCUCGUCUACUUCCUCAGCAGCACCUUCAAGCAGGAAGAGCGAGUGCUAUGGGACCGAAAUCUCCCCCAGGCGCAAGACGAAGACCAUCCCAUUGCAUGGAAAGUCCAGUUCAGUCCCGGGAACGGCAGUCAGCAGGGGAACCAGUGUCGAAACUCAGUCCAAGGGAAGCUGCUGAUCACGGAUGAGCUGGGUUAUAUCUGUGAACGGAAGGACGUGUUGGUGAACGGUUGUUGCAAUGUCGAUGCACCCGGCACGAAGCUGUACAGCUGUGAGAGCUGCCUGUCAAAUGGCUGUUGCAGUGUGUACGAGGCCUGCGUUUCCUGCUGCUUGCAGCCCAACAAGCAACAGGUUCUGGAAAAUUUUUUGAAUCGAGCGGCAGUGGCCUUCCGGAAUCUUUUUCUUUCUGUGGAGGAUCAUUUUGAGCUGUGUCUGGCAAAAUGCAGGACCUCGUCGCAGAGCGUCCAGCACGAAAACACCUAUCGGAACCCAAUUGCCAAAUAUUGCUAUGGGGAGUACCCCCCCGAUCUCUUGUCUGUGUGAACCAGUAGAGCAAACUGGUACCAGCGCGAGAGAAGUGGACUGGAGUUGGCAACAAAAGGAAGAGCAACGUCGCAGCUACUUAGGCUAGUGCAUUUGCUUGAACUUGCUUUGUACUUUCACCACCCUGGACAGUUGACUUGUUAACAUCUCCCUUCUGUUGUUAAACGGAACCAAGAUGCCAGAUAUCUCCAACCAUUGGACACAAAAGAUCAUGGUCAAACCUUGCAUCCCAGAUCUGGUCAGUCAAGCUCCAUGUUAAAAGACAGGUGUAUAUUUCUGUGGCUCGUGGCCUAUUUUGGACUGAUGGACAAAUGAAGCUCAGGAGAAAGACUGUAAACCCACGGAGUGGGAGAAGAAUGCUAUGCUCUGAAGACCGUCGUCUUUUUGUAAAUAUUAUUUAUUGGAAUCAUGCAGACAGUAUUAGCUCUAGAUGUAUUUGAUGUAUUUCCUGAAGCUGAUAUCAGAGGAGUGUCAGCAUUAGUGUAAGAAUGCAGAAAAAGCAUUUAUUUGGUUUUCAGGCUUGGGAUGGCAAAGUAUUUCCUUGAAAAAUCUUACCUGUAAAUGCAUUCUGUACAUGAAAAA